UUGAAAUCUCGACCACUGGUUCCCAUAAAGGUUUUUUUCAAAUCUCGGGAGAUUAAACGAAAGUUGCUGUUAUAUCGAUAAUUAAAUAUGGUGAUUUUUGUACAAUGUGCAGAAACAGAGACAACAGAGGAAGAUUUUAUUUUACAAUAUGAAAAAAAAUGGAACUUUUGCUUGAAAUCGGCCUGCCUUAUAUUCGAAAAGUGUGCGAGGAAGAAAAUUUGCAGAGAGUUGACAGAAAUUUCGUCAAAGAUGGCAUUUUGGUUGGUGUUGGAGCAUUACUUGGAUUCUUCUGUGGUGGACACAGUGGAGGAAUAACAGGUGCUACCGUAGGCUUUCUUAUAUCUGCAGGACUCGGAGAAAAGACGAAGCCUUUAUGGCUGGUUAUCGAAGCAUGGCCGGAAUGUCUGCAGGAAAAAUUGAUAGUCAGCAUUUUUCUGUCGAACUGUAGACUAAAGAAUUCAUUGGGUGCUGCUGAUCUGAAAGAAGAAGAUGAGAGAGAAUUAGUUCAAUUGACAUAUAACGGUUCCUUGACUUCUAGGUCUUUGAAUAGUGGAGCGGCGACAGCAAUUAUUCUUUUCUGUCAAGAUGAAUUUGGCUGGAGAAUCUGUGGGGAAAAUGAGCAUUCUUAAACUAUGGACUCCGAUCACAUCUUGUGGAAA